GGACGAAGUACUACUAACCUGGUGAGAAUAUGAAGCUUUGGGGCCCAGGAACCCGACCAACGGCCUACGCUUAACUUCCUCUUGUGCUCCCGUGGUCAUCAUGAGGCUCCUUUUCUUUUCUCUCUUUCUUUUUCCUUUCCACCUGGGAGGAUGCUGCUCUGCCGUUUCAGAUGUGCUGGGCAAUCGGUUGCAAGGUACCUGUGAGCUCGCUUCGCGGGUUUUCGCGCUUGGUGGCGUUCGGUGUAUCGUGGGGCGACAGAAUCGAGCUGAAGAAAGGGGCGAAUGCAAUCUGUUAAUACGAGGCAAAGUCACAAUAUAUUAUUGAACUCGACUUGGAAACUGGAUAAGAUAUGUGUGGUUGUUGUUGCGGUUGUGGUGAGU